UUCAAUUCGCGUUGGAUCCGACAGAGAAGCGGGCGCUCCACAUUAUUUUUUGAAAUCCCCGGUCGGUUAUUUUUUCCCGUCAUUUCAGGAGCUGUUAACUCCACCACUUUCCAUCCAUGAUUUCAGCAGCCAGAUACCCCUGCAAUUUGAAAACUCAACGUGCCUAUGACGACUCUUUCUACCGACGCAGAGUUUCAGAUUCCGGUACACACUCAUCUCUCAGACAAUGGAAUCAGGUAAGUGUCGAUCUUCGCUAGGUGUACUCGAGAUUAAGGUAAUUGAUCUUUGAUGCAUAGUUCAGUCGUUUUCUUUGUCCUUCAAGCAACUUCUAUAGUCGGUGUUAAUUUUCUCAAUUGAAUUAUCUCUCGGGAUUUUGCAGAUUUCCGUGCUUCUAAUUGUGACUCAGGUUUUUUUUUUCGUUUUGCGAGUGAUGCCUAAUUCAAUCAUGGGUGAUUGCAUAUAUUAUUGUCAGUUGACUUCAUUGAAUAUACCUUCAUUUCUUAUAUAGGGAAAAGGUAAUAAUCCCGGCAUCGAAGCCGUAUAUCUCCUUGAUUGGAAAUCAGAAUGCAGCAAAUCAAACAGUGAUAACUUGGGGUGACAAAGCUUUUGAUAUAGCCAAGGAUGACACUGUUCUUGGCACCUACAGAUCAGCUUCUGUCACUGUCCUAUCCGAUUACCUUUGCGCGGCUGGGAUCACUUUCGAGGAUUCUGCACUUCCUGUUGGUGAAGUUUCGGGCAAUACACCAUAGAAGAUUUAUCAAAUUAGUAAUUUUCAGGUACACGGAUUUGUGCUUCAUCUCUGGCUGGUAAAACAACAAAAAGGCUUACUACCCUACCCAAAGUUCAGGACAACAAUAAAUAUUAGACAAAGAUGCAUCUAACAGGACAGUGCCAGUUUCGUGUUUUGAAACUCCAACUCGUGCUGAUAAGAUUUGCCAACAACUCUCUCACUCCACACAAGGUUCAGGUUCUCAUUCAUCUGCUAAUGAGGCUUCUUUGAUGUGCGAAAAUGCUUAUCUGAAUACAGCAGCCAGGAUACAGCAACAUAUUGGUUCACGUGUAGCAACUCCAACUACUGCUGGCAAGGAUUACCCUGCAACCUGCCGCACCUCCCAAGCAGGUCAACAAAUUAAUAAUACCAGGCGCGUCAAUCUAUUGAACCAUUAUACCCCGGCAAAUACUACAACUCAGACUAGCCCUGAUACGGAGAUCACUGUCCCGGUUCCUGAGUUGGACAAAAUUGGUGUUCGUCGUACAGUUUGGUAUUCUGAUGAGGCAAGUCAUGGUCCAAGGAAUUUGUUGAAUUCCUUCAACAAAGUUGGGGAAAACAGUGGUUCAGGAAGGACAGAUAUAGGUCUUUCGGAGGAUUGUCAUGGCCCUGAAUUUGAAUCGACCUCGACUAACAACAACGUUGGUGGGCAUGAAAGGUUGCAAAAUGCAUGUGGGAGUUCUUCUGAAGUGUCCAAAGCAGGCCGAUCAAGGAUAACAAUAGUAAAACAGGUCUUUAGUGAAAGUUGUGAGAAUUAUCUUUGUAUCUUUGCUCUGGUAGUAUGCACUAAGAAGUCUUUUUAUGUAGAUUGAAUUGUACUUUCAUAUUGGGGUUAAUUUAAUGUAAGGUGAUUAUAAAGAAAAAAAUUAUCCGUGGCUGUUAAGUGAGGGAAUGAAAAUAUGUAUGUUUUUUCUAACUAAAUAGAGUGAAUACUUUUUGCA